UGUCCAGAACAAACAAGAGACCAUCACUCUGAGCAGGCACUCCCAUUUUGGGGUAUUUAAGAGGCACCAUCCUGGACACAUCUACAUUCCAACUGACUAGAGAACAAUUAACUGCCAAAGAUCCACCAGUGAACACCUGCAGCCUUACUGACAGGAUGAAGGUGAAAAUGAUGAUAUUACUUUUUCAAAUCUUGGCGAUUUCAACCCUGAGGUCAGAUUCAGCUUACGUCCCUGACAGAUACAUACAAGAGAAUGUGGCUUUACGUGGGAAGGCCACUCAGUCAGCGCAACUGCGGGGGCAAUAUGAUGCUUUCGCCCAUGCAAGCAAUGCCAUUGAUGGAAACCGAGAUUCCAAUUACCACCAUGGAUCCUGUACCCACACUGAAGGGGCCAACCCUUGGUGGAGGGUGGACCUGCUGCAGGUGUACACAAUCGCCUCCGUCACCAUCACCAACAGAGGAGACUGCUGUGGAGAAAGGAUCAGUGGAGCUCGCAUCCUCAUCGGCAACUCCCUGGAGAGCAACGGCAUCAAUAAUCCACAGUGCAGCAUGAUUGGCAUUAUGACAGCUGGGGAGACUAGAACCUUUCGCUGUUCGCAUCCAAUGACUGGACGCUACGUGACAGUGUACCUCCCAAAAACAGAUUACCUUCACCUCUGUGAAGUGGAAGUGAAUGCUCUGCUUCCUUUCAACUGAAAAUAUUUCUUUUGCAAAUCUGUUUGCUUUUUAAUCUGAUCAUUUCUAUAUAGUCAGUUGCAGUAAGUCAGAAAUAAGGGGUAAUGAAAUGAAUUUUACUCUUUUGGGAGUUUGGCAUCAUGCUGUCAUUUUAGUAUAUUUCCAGGUUUUCAUGUACAGAAAACCUGCCAAAAUUUUACCUGAGUUAUUUCUGCAAGUUGAUUUAUUGAUUGAUUUUCUUAUUAGCAAAUAAAAUAAACAUCUCUUUAAAGGCAUUGACAAACAGGUUGCGUGUGCUGAGUAUGCUAUUGGGUGCCCAGGCUUAUAUCAACUUGAAUGAAAGUGUCGAGAAUUAGUAUUUAUUUCCUGUGAUACAAUCUUAAUUCACUAUCUUUACAAGUAGACAUCAUGUAGAGUCAAACUUGUGUAAAUUGCUUUCGUUGGCCAAAUUAGCAUGUUGUUGAUUGUGUUAUUUAAUAACAGGUUACAACAGCUACUGAAAACCAGUUUUACUCUCACACCCGCACCUUACCUGCCACAAGCUGGAUAACACCUGGGACUGAACAUGUUAGGGUUAAAGUCUAACAUGUGGCUCCUCUCAGGGACCACACCAAUUAAAACUGAGAAUAAGUUAAAUCAUCCACAUAAUUACAGAUGCCAUAGUGUUGGAAAACUAAAUCUUGAUGGUUUUUUGUUGAAAAGUGCAUAAAUAUUGACUAAUUCAGCACUGGGUAUCAGUAGUGCCAUCAUAGGGAGUAGGAAAUGAAUGCACUGGAUGACAGUUUCAGUCACAGCGAUUAUGGCAGGUAAUGUUCAGUCUAAAGAUCUACAGGUGGAUGCCAUAAAAACUGCAUGUGUUUAAGAGAAUAUGGUAUUAAAACCAUUUAAAAAACUGUUUUUGAAACCCAUUAGCAGAAUUUGAUUUCAAAGCUGAUAUAAUCUGUAUAAAUGUGCACCAAACUAAAUUUGUGUGUGUGUGUGCGCAUGUGUGUGUGUGUGUCUAUGUGUGUGUGUGUGAGUGUGUGAAUACGUCUUCAAGCAUAUUUAGGGAAAGCUGCUUCAAUCUUACUAUCAAAUUCAAGGAAUCAUUUAUGACAGUACGAGACACUUUAACCCCUUUGCGCACAAGCCAAAUCUGCCCAAUCCUUGCCCAUUUAGGGGGUA